AGCAGCCAACAAUGGCCACCACCGACGCCACCAUGUCUACUGUCACAGCGGUGACUUCCUCCACGACGGAAUCCCUGCACCAGGCACACAGCACCACUGUCUCUGCCUCUACAGUUCCCCCUUCGGCAGUCUCCUCUUCGGUGGUGUCAAUUCCCCAAUUUUCUGGCGUCGUCUCCUCUCCGACGCCGCAGCCGCAGCACCCAUACUCCAUACCGGCACCAGACUUCUCCUCUUCGAUUUGGACGCCGCCUCCGCCAUAUCAACUCCUUCACAAUCUUCCGGCGCAAUUACCUUGGUCGACGGCGCUGCCUCCAGUCAACUCACAGCCCAUCCCGCCAUACUCUCCUUCGUUUUAUGGCUCUUCUUUUGCUGGAUCUCCUGGAAUCACAUGGCUAGCACAUGACCCCAUCUUGUGCGGUUCUCCUAUGGCCUUGUUGGCGUAGUCAGUUUCUCAUGGAGCCAAUGUUAGUCAGAUUGUUACUAUCAAGCCCAAAGCCGUUGAAGACUACCUUACCUGGCGCACACAAUUUGAAUCUUUUCUGGUUUCUCAGGGUCUCUUUGGAGUGGUUGAUGGUUCCAUCCAGACUGUUAGAGGCAGAACAACGCGUACUCCAUCAGCGUCGUCAGGAAUCUUCAAAUCUGCAGCAGGCAUUCGGUGCACAGGCUGGUCCAAAUCAGCCGGGUCUGCACCAUCAGCAGCAGGCAUACCGCGGCAGAGGAGUCCGCGGCAGAGGCGGUCGUGGCAGGGGAGGCCGCGGCAGGGGUCGCAGACAGUUUUAGCAUUUUUAUCAGCCAGCCUACGGCGUUCCACAGCCGCCGGUGACACCUGGAUCUUCGGCCACAGGGGGUGCUACUGCAUCGAGACCACCAAAUGCUUCAGCGGGUAAUUCUGUCAUGUCCACUUUAAAUAUUAAUGCUAAAUUUACUUUUGGUACUCACAUUCAUUAUGCAGGUUUUCCAUGAGCUGAGGGUAUUCUUGGCUCCGUUCCUUCCCCAGUUGUGUGUCAAAUUUGUUUCUCUGCAGGUCACUCCGCAUUACACUGUCCAUCUCGUUUUACUCUAGCUUCUGCGCCUGCUUUGGUUGCUCCCAGUGGGGAAUCCAACGAUGCUCUGUGGUAUCCGGACUCCGGUGCGUCUGCUCAUAUGACGUCUUUUGAAGGU